UCAGAAUAUCUUCCUGAAUCACUGAAUCACUCAGCGCGUCUCUCUAUAAAUACCCUCCCAGCAGGCAGGACUCUGCUCUACUGCCUCCUCUCCUCCCUGCGCGUAAACUCAACCGAUCAGACGGCAACAUGGCUAACAUUACGGUGAAUAACAUGCCCCUGAAGGUGGGCCACACGUUGACCGUCACCGGGGUCCCCACGGCGGGUGCUGAUCGGUUUGCAUUUGACAUCCAUUCCGGGUCUGACAUUGCGUUCCACAUGAGCGUGCGGUUCAACGAAACAAUUGUGGUCUACAACUCGCUCAAGGCGGGGGUCUGGGGGACCGAGGUCUUCCAGGGGGGGUUCCCCUUCAAACACAAAGAGCUCUUCAAGUUCACCAUCACCCUGACCCGUGCGGAGUUCCUGGUGUUGCUGAGCGAUGGCUCUGAGAUCCACUUCCCCAACCGCAUGGGGGCGUCUGAGUACAAGGACUUCAACCUCAACAAGGGCGUCCUCAUCCGCAGCUUUGAGAUCAACUAACCCUGAGCUGGAUCUCCUCCUUCAGUCUGGUGGCCUCUCCUCACAGCGGUCCGGUCCGCUAUGUUUUGUUUUUUUCUCUCUCUCUAAAUUCCCUCCAAUU